ACUAUGGUAACUACAGACCCACUCUUUAUGUUUGUCAAAACAAGUUUUUUUUUCUUCUUCUCAAGGUUUGUUUGUACUCGUGUUACCGUUGACAUUCUGUGCCAGGCUUGCUGCUAAUUCAUUGCAAAUUGAUAAAGAACUGAAAAAGUGGUGGGAAGCAUCAGACAAUUUGAUUGUCUGUCAGAGGAAGCUGGGUAAGCUGCCCAGGUGGUGGGAGUAGAUUGUUGAGCAAAUGUCUUUGAUCAUAAGAGAAGCAGAACAGUGGAACCGUAAUACCAGCGAACAGGAUAUAUUGCGAAAGAAACAAGAGAAAGAUGCAGACAUGGUAAAUAAACAAGCUCAACGGAAACAAGAGAAGCUAUUGCAUGAUGAGGCCAACUGGUUUGAAAGUUUGACUGAAAAGGGUUAUCUACGAUCCCAUAUGAGGAAUGCUGUAGAAAAGAAACAAGAGCUGCAGAUUGCUAACAUUGUACUUCUGAAGGUACGACGAGCUGCCCUGAAACAGUUGCUGGAUUUAGAAUACAAGCAGUAUGAGUCUGAACUGAACAAAAUGGGCAAGGCUGUAUAUAUUGAGAGAUUAUAAGGAGCCAAAACUUUCAGAUACUUAAUGUCAUUUUUGCCAAGUUGCAUAGUUGGAAAUGGUGCAUUUUAAAAAAUAAAGUUUGAAUAAAUGUU